AUGGACUAUUCACUGUCUUCCACCUACAGCUACAGCACGGAAACUGAUCAUCGUAGCGAUGAUGCAGCGACAGUACAAGAACCAAAUUGGGGCGGCAACUCAACAUUUGAUUUGCUAUCCUUCUUUGCCGCAGCAUUGGGGCGCAAUGUCGACAAAGAGGAAACUUGGACUGCCCUAGUCUUUCUUUCCGUUCACAUCGGACCGUGGAAUAUGUUCCGCCCCUGCAACGUCUAUUCGGGCAGGUCUUUCUCAGUCACACUACUUCCGAGAAAGUUUGUACUUCGCUUGACCGCUAUCAAGCUAGAUGACGAGUAUUCGGUGAAACGGCUACUGGCCAUUAAAGCACCCAAACUCAGGCCAAAGGGAGAGACCUCCCAUAACUCGGGCCUUCUCCGCUCGUUGGCAAAGGAAUACCAGAUUUUAAAGACUGAGAGGCUAGCGAAGCACAAAAAUAUUGUCACCGCCUACGGAUGCUGCUGGCAAACAUUACCGACGGGGCCGUCUCGACCCACACCAGCGUUGAUCCUAGAAGGUACUUCAUUUGGAGAUCUCUCAAGAUUUAGCCGCUCGCGGUCAUUGACGCUGCGUGAGCAGCUUAGACUCGGCCUUGACAUCACAUCGGGACUCGGCGCGCUCCAUGCUCAUGGUGUGGUUCACGGGGAUCUAAAACCCAACAAUAUCCUCGUCUUCAACGAGUGGGGCCGGGGAUACACCGCCAAGCUUGCCGAUUUUGGAUCGGCCAUACUACUCAGCGAAACCGAAUUUCCGUGCCGGGCACCUCCUGGAACUAGAGUAUACCGCGCUCCUGAAUGCUCGGAUGACUCUGCCAGGUUAGGACGAAGAGAACUUUUCAAAACUGACCUAUUCUCCCUUGGCGUUACAUUGUCCUUUCUUUUGGUCGGCAGCCACCUUGUUGACGAGUUCAUGGCUAUGUCUGACUCAAAUCUGCAAUCUCUCAAGGAAGAAGAUCAACUUGCUUUCUGGAUUGAAGAUCAUCGACACGACGAAGCGGAGCAGAACCAUGAAAGCUCCAUCUUUGCUGAUACUGAUAUUAGCGGCUUGUUCACGUGCUGCCUUUGCCCCUGGCUGCUGGCUGCUGAUGCAUACCAACGGCCGGACACCGUGGAGAUCCCCACUUUGGUACUCAGAUACAUCUUAUGGAGACAUUUACGAACAUUGCAUCCACGCAGUAGUGAGGCAACCUCGGAAGCAGACGGCUAUGCCUCGCGUCCAGCCACAUGGGCUACAAUGGCUGCUCAUAUGAAAAUGAGUAAGGCUCGACUACGAAAAUUGACGGGGGAAAGGGUUCUGUCCACAACUAGGAUCAGUAACGAGGAGAUUACAGCCAUUGCUCACUGCUGCUUUCGACGCGACAGCCAUCUAAAGGAGGCAAAGUUUAUCAUUGAGUACAACACCAAUAAAAGUUCAAGCCGAAACGUCGUUCCAAAAAUGGCAUCAGAGACGCAGUUCCCCGAAACAUGA